AUGGAACGACAAAUUAUUCAAGAGUUUAUCGAUAUAUACCGCAGCGAACCUUCUUUGUGGAAGGUUAGGUCUGCUCAUUACAAUAACAAAACUGUCAAAAAUUUGGCCUAUCGCAGGAUGAUGGCUAAGCUCAGAGAACUAUAUCCGGCAGCAGACAUAGAAAUGGUCAAGAAAAAAAUCAAUGCGCUUAGAACGAACUAUAGAAAAGAGUUGAGAAAAGUGGAAGCGUCAAAACAAAGAAAUAUCCAAACUGGAGCACCUGUUUACGUUCCAUCACUGUGGUACUACGAUCUGUUUCAUUUCAUCGCGGAUCAAGAAAACGAAGCUGCUGAUGACGUGGCAGAUGGUAUUGAUGUCCAGGAGCUCUUGAGAGUCGAUUUGGAUGAAAAUAUCUGCUUUGAAAAUGAAGACAGCGAUGCAAGUUAUGAAGAAUUUCAGGCAUCCAGACCGAACAGCCCCGAAAACAGAGAGUUGAAAAUGUACCAGGCCCCUAGCCAACAUAGUAUGAACCAUGAUUCAUCGAGCUUCAAGCGGAAAAGAGUUGCCGUCUACAAACCGGAAGAGGAAUACGGCGGAAAACCGGAAAUCAUUUUAGAUGACCACGAUGUCUUCGGAAAAUAUGUGGCUUCUAAACUGCGCAAAAUGGAAAAACCGAUGCAGAUGUUCUCCGAGAGGCUGAUAUCGGAGAUUCUGUAUCGGGGACAGAUGGGGAUGUUGGGUCCUGGUACUUCUGUACAAGAACCUGAAGUUCCAGUUCUUGCUGAUAGCGUUGGUUGUACGAGUCAAAAACUGUAAUAGACAAAGUCCAAUAAAAAUAUAAUAUGUAACAAUCAACUUUAACCACGAUUAAUCGUAAAUUUAAAACCAAGUCAAAUAUUAAAUCAUCAAAAAUAGCUUGGUACAAGCCCAGACUAAAAACCUUAAAAAACAAAAAUAGUUGUUUUUUAUAUAUAGUUUGUCUGUGUAUAAUUCUCAUUUUGGUGAUCAGUCUUACUUGCUUCUGCUACAAACACUUGUUUUCAAAUGUGUCUCCCACCAACUUUUAUAUAAAUAAAUG